UGAAAUUUGCCUAGAACGAUCACAACCCAAUUUUUUAAUCCACAGCAAAAUUAGUACACUCACAAAAGGAUAAUUAAGAUGAAAGUUAUUUUUGCAUUGGUGUUCUCUGCGCUUUUGUGCGACAUUUUUGCAUUUAAGCUCCCAGCUGAGGAAUUUUCCGUGGUCCACAAUUCCAGCACGAAAGCACUGGUGUUUAAGGCAGAUUUCAGUCAGCCGACGCUAAGCGCUGCGUUUGGAGGAGCCUCCAUCAGCUAUGGGAACCAUAAUGUCAUCUUGUGGGCAAGUGGGGGCGGUAUCGAGGUCCGCUAUCCGGCCGGCUCUUACGUCCCUUCCGGUCCUAUUGUGGGUGGAUUCGGAAUCUGGAGCAGACACCCCGUGAACUCCAACACGGCCGUCUUCAAGUAUGGCGUCUACUUUCCACCAGACUUCAACUUUGUCAGAGGAGGAAAGCUGCCUGGACUUUACGGGGGAAAGACAUCGUGUUCUGGGGGUGAUCCUGCCGUCGAUUGCUUCUCGACUAGGAUGAUGUGGAGAGAAAACGGUUUGGGGGAGCUGUAUCUCUACGCCAACAGGGAGGCUCAAGACCCUGCAAUCUGCCAAAUGCCCAACAAUUACUGCAGCCCAACUUACGGCUGGUCCCUCAACACCGGAUCUUUCACCUUUCGACGAGAUGCGUGGACGGACAUUGAGGAAACGGUCAGUCUAAAUACACCCGGAGUGAGGAAUGGCGUCUUGGCAAUUAAGGUCAAUGGAGUUGAAGUCAUCAGGUACAAUAAUAUCGUCUUCCGAACAGCCGCUUACCCCAACAUGCGGGUGGAUGGGAUGGACGUGGAAACGUUCUUUGGAGGAAAUGGGGUCGAGUGGGCCAGCCCCACCACACAAAUUACAAAGUUUAGAGAAUUCAUUCUUGAAAGCUUUUUAAAUUAAUCUACACUGUCAAAUGCAUUUAAAAAAACGAUGUUGUGCAACUGGAAA